AUGGCGUUUCCGGACUGGACGCUGUAUUUCCUUGGUGUUGUUAUCAUCAGUGGGGGUUUCUACAUUUACCGUCUUUGCAGGGACCCCAGGAAAAGUGCAUUGAUCAGUGGUUUGUUUAUGAGAUUGAUGGCUCGGACAGAGAAAUCGCUAUUUAAGAUAGCAUAUGCGCUGUAUACACGGACCAAACUUGGUUACAUGUUCCACAAACGUCAAAUGAGAAAAGCUCGCGAACGAUAUCCCACUGGCCACUCCAAAACUCAGUCUACGUCACUCAACGGAAUCAAAAUAAUUCCAGUGCCUAUUCUCUCGGACAACUACAGUUACGUAGUUAUUGACACAGCAUCAAACCUUGCGGUUGUGGUGGAUCCAGCGGACCCACAAGCUGUCCAAGCAUGCCUGGAAGAGGAAGGGGUGACAUUGGAAGCCAUUCUAUGCACACACAAACACUGGGACCACAGUGGGGGCAAUCAGGCCCUUAGGAGAGUCUACAGCUCCUGUCAGAUAUAUGGGAACGCCAUUGAUAACAUUCCUGGACUGACCCGCCCCGUCUCGGAUAAAGACACCAUAAACGUCGGCACACGGCUGCACUUCAGAGCGUUCUACACCCCCGGGCACACGGUCGGUCACAUGAUCUACCUCCUGGACGGACAGCCGUUCGGAAGCCCCAGCAGCCUGUUCUCCGGGGACCUGGUGUUCCUCUGCGGCUGCGGCAGAAUGUUUGAAGGGAGCGCCACGACAAUGCUCUCUUCCCUGGACACUGUGGGUUCUCUGAAUGAUGACACUCUGCUGUGGCCUGGUCAUGAAUACGCAGAAGAUAACCUGAUGUUUGCCGUGGAGGUGGAGCCUGGUAACGUGGCGCGGGAGCAGAAGCUGCAGUGGGUCUUACAGCAGAGAGAUCAAAGACUGUGUACGAGCCCGUCCACACUGGGUGAGGAGAAGCAGUACAACCCGUUUUUGCGGAGCCAUGCCCAGGAGCUUCACCGGGCACUGGGCCUCCAGCAGAGCCAGGAUGAGGACUGGACCGCUUACCGGGCCCGGGUUUUAGAGGCGCUGCGGAAACGCAAGGACAUUUAUAAGGGCCGAUAAUUCGAUCCGUUGGCAAGUGAAGGUUCGGGGGGGGGGAGACAUCGCCACUAAAGCCUUUCCCCUCUUAACAAACAGCGAAUUCCCAGUGGUUUGCGUUAGGGUGUGUGCAAACUAAUGGCAAAAAAUGUGAAUAUGGACUUUUUAUGCAAACUGUGACAGCACCUAUGGAUUUUGAUAUUGUAAGGUUGGUGUUUUAUGGUAUCAAGGACCAGGAGGCCUCUUGGAGAAAUUUUUUUGCAUAAUCCAGAGGACAUACUAAUGUGAAGUUUAGUUUGAGACCACCCUGAGACCUUGACCAGUGACACUAGACUAAACACUUUUCAUUCCUUUAUCCAUUCAUUACUAGGAUGGAGUGUCAUACACUGAUUAACUUUUCAGUAAGGUUGGUACUGAAAGCACAAA